AUGGCACAUCCACUUUCCAGAUUGCUGUCGCGGCGGAUGUGCCAGCAAUGGACACCAUUUCAAAAGACUCCAGGCUCAGUAUCUCGAGCUCUGCGAUCUCCGAUACAAAAGCCUGCAGGAAGACGCGCCUACGCAACUGGUCCCAAUCCUAAUCCUGGACAGAACCCCUUGAAAAUCUGGCCCUUCAUUGCAAUCACACUCUUAGGAACAGGAUCUUACAUCUUGAUGGUGCGAAGUCGAACCGACAUGGCGCCUCCUCACGAGCAAAUCGCAGCCCCCAAAAAAUCCACCCCGACCUUCUCCCCAGCCGACGUAACCGUGCUCUUCGUGCUGGGCGGCCCCGGUGCAGGAAAAGGCACACAAUGUGCGAACCUAGUCCGCGACUACCACUUCACGCACCUGUCAGCGGGCGACCUUCUGCGCGCCGAGCAGGACCGCGAGGGCUCCGAAUUUGGCACUUUGAUCAAGGAGUAUAUCCGCGAUGGCAAGAUCGUGCCCAUGGAAGUGACGGUGCAACUGUUGGAGAACGCCAUGACGGAGACGCUGGAGAAGAGCCAGGGUGGGAAAGGGAAGUUUCUGAUCGAUGGCUUUCCCCGGCAGAUGGACCAGGCGCUGAAGUUUGAGGAGUCGGUGUGCCCGGCGAGGUUCGUGCUGUUUUUUGACUGCCCGGAGCAGGAGAUGCAGAGGCGCUUGUUGGAUCGGGGCAAGACUAGUGGGAGGUCGGAUGAUAAUGCUGAGAGUAUUAAGAAGAGGUUCAAGACGUUCGUGGAGACUAGUAUGCCGGUGGUAGAUUACUUUGACGGCCAGGGACGGGUGGUGAAGGUUGUGGCUACCAAGACCCCGGAACAGGUGUAUCAGGAGACGAAGGAGAGGCUUGAGGCCAAACUGGGAAAGAAUUUUUAG